GAAAUUCUACAAUUCGUUUUCUAAACUAAAAAACUAUUUUCAAAUGCGAUAAUUGCGUCAAGUUAAUUCAAAUUUACAUUCAUCGAGAUAAAAUACCUAUAAGUCAUUGUUGAAAAAACAAAUAUUUAAUUUUGCUAUACAGACGUACAGAAAACCACUCAAACUUUAAACAUAAGAUACCAUAGUUAGGUAGGUAUUUAUUUAGAACGCAAGUAAUCUAUAAAAGCGAUACUGCAUUAUUUAAGCAAAAAUGGAAUUCAGUUUGGCAGAUAAAGUAGCGAUAGUUACAGGUGGUAGUUCUGGGAUAGGUUUUUGCGUUGCGAGGGAACUUUUAAAUAAUGGAGCAAGGGGUGUAACAAUAGCAGAUGUAAAUGUUGAACUUGGACAAGCGACAUUAGAAAAACUUUCAGCUGAGUUCGGCUCAAACAAAUGUACGUUUUGUCCCACUGAUGUAGCAGAUUUCAAACAGUUCGAAAAUGCUUUUAUUUCUACCCUUUCAACUUUUGGCAACAUUGAUAUCUUAAUUAACAAUGCUGGAAUUUGUGAUGAUUCUAUUUGGGAAAAGGAAAUUGAUGUUAAUAUUAAGGGAACUAUCAAUGGUGUUUUACUAGGACUUGAAAAUUACAUAAUAAAAAACAAAUCUGGACAGGAAGGAAUAAUAAUCAACCUUUCAUCCAUACGUGGAGUGCAACCUUCUGGUGAUAGACCUGUUUAUGCAGCCACAAAGUUUGCUAUCCAUGGUAUGACUUUAGCUUGGGGUUCAGAAGACCACUACAGCCGAACCAAUAUUAAAGUUAUAGCAGUGUGUCCAGGUUCAACUUCGACUCCUUUAAUAGCAAAUCCAGCAAAUACCAACUUAGGUCAGCCGUAUGAAAAAAUAAGGAAGAAAAACAAAGCUUCUAGCAAUUUGUCAGAUCAAACACCAGAACAAUGUGCUUUGUUAAUCAUAGAUGUAAUGAAAACUGCGAAAUCUGGUACAGUUUGGAUAGCGGAAUCUGCAGAAAAAUAUCAGUACAUUAUGCCUAGUCGACUUGAUAUGAAGACUAUAAUAUAAUGGAUAUAUGUAGUUUUAUCAUAUUAAUUUCUUAUACACCUAGAUUAUGUCUGUUCUGCCAAAAAAAAAAUCGUUAUUGAAUUUAUGUUAUGCCUUUUUUUGCUAUA